ACCCCCUGAUCGCAACUUCGACUUGCCAUAGAUAACGACUUUUACCAUAGAGAUCACAGACGCAAACAACCAGAUCUCAAUCUACCAGUAGCACCAGAUAUCACCGGAAGUUUCCAUACGCAAUCGGAAGACUAGCAAUCAGAACACGAAGUCACGUCAUGGUCAACGCUCAGAGCAGCAGUGCAGUUGGACUCGUAUCAUUGCUCCACGAUCCGGACACCGAGAUUCAAGCCUAUGCCAUCGAAGAGCUAAACGGAGUCGUUGCCUCGCAUUGGGCCGAGAUCAGCGAGAGUAUCACUCACAUCGAGGCUUUGUCAGAAGCUACUUCGCCCUUGUCACCAGAAUCCCGCCAAUCCGCCGCCCUACUUUCCUCUAAGCUCUACUUUUACCUCGGAUCUCUAGAGGAAGCCGUCGAUGCUGCCCUGGUUGCCGGCGCCGCUUUUGCUAGGGACAACAAAGCCUCAACGGCCGAUCCGAAAACCGCGACUCGAGAUGCCUCGGCAAGAGAAUAUCAGGAAACGAUCAUUGCCAGGUGUCUCGACCGAGCCAUCCUGCAGAGGGGCCAGGGGGAAGAAGUGGAAGAGAGGCUGAAGAGCAUUGUUGAGGAAGUUUUGGACGGGAAUAUUGCCGCUCAGCAGGUUGGGAGCGCAGGUACUUCUAAACUGGCUAUCGGUCUGACCUUGUCGCUUCGUCGAUUGGAUCUCUUGGAGCAAGUCUACAUGCAGUCAAAAAAUCCGCGGCCGACUGAAGGAGGGCCCGAGCACGACGAGGACCUGUUACGAUAUGUCUUGGUAGAGACCACAGCAGGAGCGAGCGGGAAUGAGCGAUGGGGUCCUGGCUUCAGGGAGGAGCUGUUGCGACUCUUGCUUCGACUAUUCGACCUCUCGUCGCAAAAGGACUACUCGUCCAUCUCCCAGAUUUGGCUGCAGACCGCCGAUGCUGCUACCGGUGCUGCUCUAGCAGCCGAGACCAUCAAGAAAUUGAUCGAGCAGGGCAACAAGUUGCAGGCUUAUCAGGUGGGAUUCGAUCUGGCCGAAGGAGGUGGGCAGGAGUUUUUGAAAAAGGUUCGGGAGGCGUUGGGCGAGGGCGAUGAUGAUAUGUACAAAAAUCUGCGAGAGAUCUUAUCCGGCGAGAAGAGUAUCCGGCUGUACCUGGAAUUUCUGCAGAAGAACAACCACGCCGAUCUGCGUAUCCUCAAAAACACAAAGGAUGCACUCGAGGCACGACAUUCGAUCUACCACUCUGCUGUGACGUUCAUGAACGCCUUUGCCAACGCUGGUACCACCUCGGAUCAGUUCCUCCGCGAGAACCUUGAAUGGCUGGGUCGAGCCUCGAACUGGUCCAUGUUUUCGGCAACUGCUGCAUUAGGAGUGAUUCACAAGGGAUCGCUCGCCAAAGCUAUGACCGUUCUCGGGCCCUACUUGCCUCAAGCCGACGGUGUCGUCUCGGCGCAUUCCAGUCCUUACUCUGAGGGUGGAAGUCUUUACGCUUUGGGUCUGAUCAAUGCCGGACACGGACAAGACGCUGUCCCCUACCUCGUCGACAAGCUCAAGAACAGCACGGAUGAGACUGUCCAGCACGGUGCCGCGCUUGGAUUGGGCAUGACCGGUCUGGCUAGCCAGGAUGAAAAUGUAUACGAUGUUUUGCGAGACGUCCUUUUCCAGGAUUCUGCAGUGGCAGGUGAAGCUUCGGGAUACGCAAUGGGUCUCGUCAUGCUCGGAUCUGCCUCUGAAAAGGCUCUGGAUGAGAUGCUGCAGUAUGCGCAUGAGACUCAGCACGAAAAGAUCAUCCGGGGUCUCUCGAUCGGUAUCGCUUUCCUGAUGUAUGGAAAGGCGCAAGCAGCGGACGAUGUGAUCGAGAAGUUGUUGGCCGAGAAGGACGCCAUCUUGCGUUACGGAGGAAUGUUCACGAUCGCCUUGGCCUACGCUGGUACCGCAAACAACCAGGCCAUCAGAAAGCUCUUGCACGUCGCUGUCUCAGACGCCAAUGAUGACGUCCGUCGGGCAGCCGUCACUGCACUCGGAUUCGUCAUGUUCAGCAACCACACUCAGGUGCCUCGAGUUGUUCAACUCCUGAGUGAGAGCUACAACCCUCACGUCAGGCAUGGUGCUACCCUGGCCCUUGGCAUCAGUUGUGCCGGAACCGGAUUGGCGGAAGCCAUCGAGAUCUUGGAGCCUAUGACGAAGGACUCUACCGACUUUGUUCGUCAGGGAGCACUCGUCUCGCUCGCCAUGAUCUUGGUUCAACACAGCGAAGCCCAGACUCCCAAGGCCAAGAUGGCUCGGGAAUUGUUUGAAAAGACCGUAUCCGACAAGCACGAGGACUCGCUUGCAAAGUUCGGUGCCGCCAUUUCUCAAGGUAUCAUCGAUGCCGGAGGCAGGAACGUCACCAUCUCGAUGCAGACCAAAGCUGGCACCCCCAACAUGAUGGCUAUCGUUGGGAUGACCUUGUUCAGUCAAUUCUGGUACUGGUUCCCUCUCGCCCAUUGUUUGAGCUUGAGCUUUAACCCGACCGGGGUCAUUGGACUAGACGAGAGUCUGAAGAUACCCAAGCUGGACUUUGUCUCCAACGCACGACCUUCCUUGUUUGCUUACCCGGCGCCCUACGAACCGCCGAAGAAGGAGACAGUGGAGAAAGUCAAGACUGCUGUCCUUUCGACUACGGCUCGGGCCAACGCCCGAGCAAAAGCUCGAGAGCAGGAAAAGGCUGCUGCUGACGGCGAGGCGAUGGAGACUGAUGACAAAGUCGAAGCCGACACGAAUACCGAGAAGGACGAUAAAGCGGCCACCAAAGCGACUGAGGAUAAGGCCGAGCCGAUUUCGGAGACGCUGCAAAAUCUUGCACGAGUAACCCCCGUUCAACUUGCCCACAUCGCCUUUCCAAAUGACGGCCGGUACCAGCCGGUUAGACCUAUUCCAAGCUCCUCUUCAGGUGGGCAGUCAGUACGAAAAUCGAGAAAGCAGACCGACGGCGUCUCUUCGGGCACAAGAACGUCGACUGGAGGCGGUAUCAUUAUGCUCCGGGACACGAAGCCAAACGAGCAGCCGGAAUACAUCGAUCUAAACCCCAACUUGGAGAAGCCUGUCCCUGCACCAGCUGUCGCGUCGGCCGAGCCUCCUGCCACUGCACAGGCACCAGCGGUCAGCGAUAUGGAGGUCGACGACGGUGCCGAGGCUGAACCACCUGCGCCAUUCGAAUACCCCUUCGGAUCGAACGGUGCUUAGUCGAUUCGCAUCGUAUUUCGAAUCAUCUAAAUUACGAUAAACGAACUCUGUCGAUACCCUGUCAUCGAGAGGGAUCAGGUGGCUAGGCAAGAGCGGAAUGCAUAUCGAUGUCCUGUAUUACGAAACGAAAUGAACACAAUCAUGACUUGAUCAUUUGGGCGGGUCUUUGGCGACGGACACGGCGAAGUAUGCCGAGUCCGCGUCCAACGGUAGCGACCUCGGGGUCCUUGAAUCUCGAAGUGUAACUUGUCGG